AUGAAGCGGGCACGCAGCAGCAGGGCCAAGGCGGAUCAACGUCUUAGUGCUCCGCGGCGACGGACCGAAGAAAAGGCAUCCGAAGAUGGGGUGGAGGAGCAGCCGCGACUUCGGGAAACUAGUGGCAACAAGGAGCUACUGACGGCAGAGCAGCGACCAUCAUACGGGUUUGCGUACCUGCGAGACGCGGGCGAGAAUACGUCGUCGCGCGUGGAGGCACCAGUUGCCUUGGAGACGGAGCCCCCAGCAUCGUUACCUCCUGUGAAGGCAGAGGUUCCAAAGGCUAUUCCAGUUGAGUCGAGUGACCACGAGGAGGAGGUUGCAUCGCCAUCUAGGACGCAGUCGAUAACGCGUGGUUUUUCUCAUUUACGAGAAUCCGUUUUCUUUGCGUUGCCACCGCUUCGCGGGAGUGUAGGUGGAGUCAGCACUUCACGCGGCGGAAGUGUCAUUCUGCCUCUUUCUACACCCCUUCAUGCAUCCGUCUCGCGUAGCAGCGUUUCUUCGUCACACUCAUUACGUGGGAGCCGAGGGAAUAAUAAGCAGCUUCAACAACAGCCACAACAGAAGCAAAGGCGUUAUUCCCAUAACCACAAGAGCAAUGGGAGUGAGCAGAGUUUCUUAAGCACACGCAGUGCUGUAGAAUACCUCAAUAGCACGGGUUCCCUGGGCGAAGUGCUUUCCUCAAGGGAAAGUAGGCGGUCUAGUCAGGCCACGGGCUCUCGUCAGUCUCAUUCAAAGUCAACUCUUGGACCACUAGAACUCUCACCUAUAUUGAAGGAGGAAAAACGACGACGAAAGCGACAUGCUGCUGCCCCUGGUGUUGUUUCUGGUGGCGGUGGUGGUGCCUUGACGCGUCAACCGCCUCGGAAUGGGCUGCCAAUUGAAGUACCAGCGGCUGUCAUACGUUCAGCUACUAUGGGGGUGCAAAAUUCACGAGGUAUGACGUUAGAAGAGCUUCAUUACUCUUUAGCGCGUUGCUCACGCGCCACAUCCUUUGUAUUUAUUACGUGCUUAUUUGCUGCUGUCUGGGGAGUAAUAGCCGCACCGCUUUUUAUGCGACAAAACAGUCUUGAAGAAGUCUUCGUGCGCCACUACGUGGACUCUGUGUCUGAGUUGCAAUUUAUCUAUGAGGUGCCUUAUAUGUCUCUCAAUGCGGACGAGGCAAGGCGCUUGUAUCUUCGUGUGUUGAGUGAGACAUUGGAGCGGCUUGAGCGAUCGACGUCUCACAUGUGGCCCAAUACAGAUAUCAGGGAGCAGAUUUUAUACUACAAUCAGAUGAUAAGGGCAUAUGUGGCUGUUAGGCAUCGUGCGCGACUCUACGCACGUAGUCGUGAGAGAAGUCGCCUAAAUCAGUUUGUGAUUAACCCUCUACGCGAUGCCUGGCACUAUGGGAUUUUACGACACGGUUUCACAAAGACGCUGCACGAGGUAAUUGUAGAGCGCUCAUUUUCACGGUUCUGGGCACGAGUAAAAGAUAUCGCGGUUUGUCUACGUCAGGACGAGAAGAUGCCGUGUCCAACACUGGCUUACCUGCAAGAACGGGAGCAGCAGCAAGCGGAAGAGGAGGAAACUUCGCAUGCGAUGCUGCCGGACGAUGCGUUGAAGCACUCAAAUUCAUCCUAUAAAAAGGACGAGGUGGUGAAGGAGUUAGAACGACUAAAACGGACGUUCAAGUACAUAAGGGAAAGUUGCCGCCAAAGUAACCGCGACUACAAUCACCUGUAUACUAGAGACGACACCGAGCCAACACUAUCGUGA